AGUCCGGGGAAAACCUUGGCUGGUUUGCUGGGUCCAUGCGAGGUCCGCGUCCACCGCGCCCACGCCUUAGCGAAAUACACCGCCAGCACCCGCCGACAUGCCUCGAAAGAAACAGGGCUUACGAAGCUAUCACCAUAAGUCGCGGAACGGAUGUAUGCAAUGUAAACGAAGGAGAGUCAAGUGUGGCAUGCAGCAACCUGCUUGCGCGAACUGCAGUCGCCGAAACGAAAUCUGCGAGUAUCCGCCUCCGGUAGACGAUGGUUCUACUACUCCACCACCCUCAGAACGGUCAUCGGAAAUAAACUCCUGGGCUGUUGGGCCUCAAUUGGAAUACCACGACACAGUUAGCUCUUCUGCAGGGUUGGCUACUCAUGCAUCACCUCCUUUUCUUCCUGACUUUCAAUCCAACCCCACAGACAGCGAUGCACCGUACUGUCCAAGGACGCGCAAAUUACUCGAUGGUCUUCUUGGAGCCGGAUCCUGGUUUUCGGCUCCAGAGACAGUCCUAUGGACCGAUAGUAUUGCAAAGGCGGCGCCGAAGUACCCUUAUCUGCAACACUGUGUACAAGCAAUAGCACACAUGAAGCAUCACAACCUCAGUGGGUUGCGUUGGCCGUCAACAAGCGCUUACCAACACCACCUCUUGGCCUCACGAAUUUUUCGUGAAACGACACACUACGUCGACGGUGACAAUUGGAUGGCAGUCCUGGCUUUCGCUAUCAUUAUGCUGAUUUUCCAGUUCGGGAGUCAAAUCAAUUGCGAUGAAGAGCACUUCAACAUCAUCGAGACCCUUCAGGCUCUGCGCAACACCUUGCAGAUUGAAGAAGCAGCAAGAGAGUACUUUCAUCGCACGGAGUUUUGGAAGCUGAUCCAAGCACGCACGUCCGUUCCGAUUUUGCCUGACCUGAAGAUGAGAUCUGCCAUGCACUCGUUAUCUUUUGCCGUGCUCAACGUUUUCCAGGAGAUCAACAGUUGCAACGACGGAACAGGUCCGGGGAGAAUCAAUAGACAAGCGUUUAUGGAGCUCGAGAAGUGGGCCGUCGAAUGUCAAGGUCGACCUAUAAGAUGGGACCAGUACCAGGAGUGGCCUAGAAGAGUCUUUCCCGAGUUUCUCGACCUCGUUGCGGGUGGUGACGACACUGCGUUGCUAAUUCUGAUCCACUGGACUGCGAUCAUGUCUCGAAGCAGUAAACCUUUUGUCAAGGCUUGGGCGGUUCGCGCUGGUCUCUCCACAGUCAAUCGUCUCAAGGGCAACUGGCAUGAACAACUAGCGUGGCCAUUGGAAGUCUUUAUUGAGCCCAUGGCAAGCGAGAACGCACCAAGGCAAUUAGAAACGGUACCUCUGUUUUUGCAACUACCAAGCUAUACUGGGCCAGACCAGACACCAGUGUCAGAUCCACAGAGAUUUGGGGACCCGCACGGGUUUCCAAUGAUACCAGAUGAUGUGGCGGGCAUGCCAAUGUAUCCUUGCUCCUCAUCGAUGUGAGGGACUAACGAAUUCCUUGGGCUUGCGGCUCCGUGUGGGAACGAUACUGCAUGGCCUAGAUCUCAACGUCGUCUCGAGGCGGAUCGUUGGUUUGAAAGCAGGAGUGGCAACAGCACGCCUAGUAACGCGCCGGCGUUGAG